AUGUUGUGUGUUAGCCGAGUGUCUGGAGAACCUGUCCUCGAGCUGGGGCAAGACGAGUUUGAUGCUUUGACGUCCCGUGGCGGUAGUGCAGUGAGGACAUUGAAGCAACGCUUGCGGUGGGCAACAGGGAUUGGCAUCUUCAGACAGUCGCUGGUUCGCGAUGGUUGCGUGCUGAGGGAGAAAGAUAAGUUGGAAUUUCCAAUGGACCUGCAGCUGGUGGUCGCACCAUGCUUGUCCAAGAUGUCGAGAAAAGAUUUUCAGGAAAUGCACGGCGCUGUGCACCGAAAUGACACACAGCGGCUUGAGGCUGUUCUGGAGAAAGGCUUGCUUAUUUCAGCCGGUGCAGAGAUUAGCGGAGCUCAUCGCGAAGCUUUCGAGCUUGGUAACGUGGACGUCACAAAGUUGGUUCUGCGAACAGGCAUUGAUGUAAACGAGCCGGGUGAUGAUGGCAGAGCGCCCCUACACUGGGUGUGCCGUCGUGGUCAUGUGAUGGUUCUGCAAGCUCUGUUGGAAGCCCGAGCUUCUGUCAAUAUUACCGACUCCCGAAAUGCAACGCCGCUCUUUCUCGCGGCAGACUCGGGAAAUUUGGAUGCGGUACAGAUGCUCAUCCAGCAAACAGCAGACUUGGAUCAGGCGACGGCGAGCGGAACAACUGCUCUCCAGAUCGCACUGGGCAACCGUCGCUUAGACAUCGCGCGACUGCUAUUGGAAGCUAGAGCUGAUUGGAGCUCGUCUCCAGAUUCGCAUCAAGCGCCGGCCUUGCUGAUCGCAUCCGAACAGUUUGACUGGUACAUGGUCCGUCUGUUGCUGGAUGCAAGAGCGAGCAUAGAUGCUGUUGAUUCUCUUGGGCGGACAGCUUUGCACCACGCCUUUCUGAAGCCGCAAGAUGUAGAAUCCAUGGAAAUGGCGCGCUUGCUGAUAGCAAGGACGGCUGAUGUGAACAAGACGGUCGAUGCGGAGGGCUGCGCCCCUUUGCAUUGGAUGUCACAGGCUGGCCAGUCAGACAGGAUGCAUUUGCUGGUGGAGGCCAAGGCCGAUCUCAACCUGAAGAACUGCAGAGCCGAGACGUCCCUGCACUUGGCAAGUAGAAGCGGCCAUCACGAAGUCGUCAAGCAGUUGCUGGAAAACCGAGCAGAGACAGACUUCGCUGAUGCCCGAGGCAGGACGCCGCUGUUGAGGGCAGCAGAGUUGGGUCAUCCAGAGACUGUGAACCUAUUGCUGGCAUAUCGGGCGGAUGCGGGACGGGCCGACGUCGACAGUUUCACACCGUUGCUUGAGGCAGCUGGCUGUGGCAACCUUGAGUGCACUCGGCUGCUGAUCCAGGCUGGUGCUGACGUGAACAGAGCCUGCUUGUUUACCGGCGCCACGCCGCUGCGCAUUGCGCAGAAGCAUGGAAACGAUGCAGUUGCAACGCUGCUCACAGAUGCUGGGGCAUCCGGUGCCGGAUCUGCUGGAUACCCGGGAAACUGA